AUGGCCUACAACAAGAGCUAUAAUCCUGACGCGCUGCCAGCGCACGCUGAGCCAGAGCAGGUCGCGCAGAUGAUAGGGAACAUGCAGGUGUCUGGAGGCCACAGUCAGAGCCAAAAACCUCUCCCCUCGCGUCCACCACCACAGUCAGCCUCUAGCGGUGGAAUCUCCUCUCGAGUCCCCGUCUCCAACCCUCCCCCCUCGCACGCAUACAACAAUGCCCCUCCUGCGAACUCCUACAACGGCCGACCCUCGCCUGCGAACGUGCCUCCUCCAAACCAACAGUACCGACCUCACCCAUUACAUCCCUCUCCACCACCCCAGAACUACGGCUUCGGUCCCCCUCCGGCUCAGCCCCAGCGUAAUCGACCCCCACCCGCCUCGCGCCCGCCUCCAUCCCCGCAACCGCCGCUUCUGUCCGCGCCGAGCAAUGACCCGCAACAGCUCUUCCCUCUCUUCCGCGCUGCAAACUCCUCGCACAGCGGUUCGCUGACGGAGCAUGAGCUCGGAUCUGCCCUCGUCAAUGGUGAUUACACCUCGUUCCACCCACGCACGGUGAAGAUGAUGAUUCGAAUGUUCGACCGGGAUGGAAAUGGCACCAUCAACUUUGACGAGUUUGUCUCCUUGUGGAAAUACCUUGCUGCUUGGCGGGAGUUGUUUGAUCGAUUCGACGAGGACCGCAGCGGGCGCAUUAGCUUGCAAGAGUUUGAGAAUGCGCUGGUCGCGUUCGGGUACCGUCUUACAACCAAGUUUGUCUCGGUGCUCUUUACUGCGUUUGAAAGUAAGACGAAGCAGGUUAGUGGGCCGCAGAAGAGUCCGGGCCAGAACGGGAUGAGCUUCGAUCUGUUCGUGCAGGCUUGUAUUAGCCUGAAGCGAAUGACGGAUGUUUUCAAGCGGUAUGAUGAGGAUCGGGAUGGGUAUAUCACUGUGAGCUUUGAGGAGUUUUUGACUGAAUUCAUCCUAUUGCAGGAUUAA